GAGAUCAAAAUGGGAUCGGGAAGGGUGAUGGGUCGGGAUGGGGUGAGGUCGGAACGGGAGGUCCAAUUUUGCCGAGAAGGUCGGGAUGGGCGGGGUCUGGACAGGAUUGGGGUUACGGGCCGGGAUAGGACGAAAUCAGAACGGGAUUGGAAUGGGGGAUGGACUCGGGGUUACGGGCCGAGAUGGGAUGAGACCAGAACGGGGAUGGGUGUCGAGUCGGGAUAGGGCGAGGACGAAACGGGGAUCGACAGGCGGGUUUCUGGAGAGAUCACUUGAAUGGAAUGGAUCGAGGGGCGGGGCGAUCGGGGGGGGCAGAAGGGGAACGAGAGAUGAUCGGGUGGGCAGAAAGGGAUCAAGAGAGACACGGGUCAUGAUGGGGCAAGGUCGGAGCCGGGUCGGGAUAGGGCGAGGUCGGAGCGGGAGGUCCGACCUUGCCGAGAAGGUCAGGGUCGGCGGGGUCGGGGCGGGGGCGAGGACGGAACGGGGAUCGACAAACCAGUUUCGGGAGGGACACUGGAAUGAAAUGGAUCGAGAGGGGGGCGAUGACCGGGCGGGCAGAGGGACAGGAGUCGUGAUAGGACGAGGUCGGAGCGGGUUCGGGCGGGCCGGAACAGGACCGGGGAUCGGGGAAGGAGAUAGGGCAAGGUCGGCGCGGGAUCGGGGUUACGAGCCGGGAUGGGACGAGAUCAGAACGGUGACGGGUCGGGAUGGGGUAAGGUUGGGACGGGGGGCAGGGUUAGAACGUGGCCGAGAAGGUCGGGCUGGGUGGGGCGGGUGGGAUCGGGAUUACGGGCCGGGAUGGGACGAGAUUAGACCGGAUCGGAAAGGGUGUCGGGUCGGGACAGGGCAAGGGUGGAACGGGGAUCUGCAAUGGGAGGGAAGGUAUAUGGGCAAGAUCAGAAUGGGAUACGGGAUUGGGGAUAGGGUGGGGUGAACGGGACAAGAUGGGGGGGAAGGGGACGAGGAAAAGAGGUUUGGAUGAGAAGGAAGGGGGGGGGGCAGUGGGGAGAGGAAAAAAAGGGUAGGGAGGGAAGAGAGAAAGAGGUGGAAAAAGAGAGGGGGAUCGUCGUUGGACAUGAUUCGAGGUCGCAAACCUCCGAGCGUC